AUGUUGAGUUUCUUGUGUAAUGACAAGCGAAUGCCUGACCGUGCUCGAUGCUGUGCUAUCGUCACAGAGAUUGGCUUGAAAAGUAAUAAUAUAAUCUUGGACGAACAGUUCACAGCGUCCUCUCAAGAUGCCCUCGGCGAGGCUCACAAUGCAAGAGUGAACCUUACAGCCGUACCAGGCAGGAGACACGCUGCUUGGGUUCCUCAAGAGCUCGAUAACCAGCCAUGGAUUCAGAUUGACCUUAUUGCAACAACAACGGUUGUUAAAAUUACAACCCAAGGAAGAAGCGACGCUGACGAAUGGCUAAAGAAGUUCUCAGUGGCCUCCGGCUAUAAUCGAACUGCUUUGGAAUCCUAUAAAGAUGCUGGACAAGUCAAGGUAUUCUCGGCUAACAGUGACCGGAAUACGGUGGUAGAACAUGCUUUCUCUCCUGUCAUCAAUACCCGAUAUCUUCGCGUCAUACCUACCGAGUGGAAUGAACGCCCAGCUGUAAGAUUGGAAUUGUACGGAUGUUAUAACGCUUGUGGAAAGCUAACUAGACUUGGUAUGGAAAGCGGUGGUAUUCUCGACAGCCAGAUAAGUGCCAGUUCUUUUCACGGCUAUAAUUAUCCGCCCCACCAAGGAAGGCUUGGACACUCAAAAGACUGGUUGCAUUCACUGAGUGGUGAUUCCAAUCCAUGGCUGCAGGUUGAUUUCCUAACUAGAACUAUCGUCAGUGACGUAGAAACUCAAGGUUCUGCUCGAAGAAAUGAGUGGAUGAAAGAUUAUACUCUAUCUUACUCAAAUGAUGGUGUUACAUUUAACACUUAUCGAGAAGGUGAAACGGACAAGGUUUUUCCUGCCAACACAAACGCAGGCACAGUGGUGAAAAAUGAGCUGCUUUAUCACAUUUUUGUGCGCUACGUUCGUAUUCACCCUGGAAAUUUCUACCAAUACCCCAGGAUAAGAGUUGAAUUCAAAGGAUGCUAUGUAAAUGUAACGGAUUCGUUCAAUCACGUUCCCUUGGGAAUGCAAAGUAGAAUGAUCGUUGACUCACAAAUCACAGCGUCUUCAUCAAAAUUUUUCCAAUCCGGAGCAUGGAAUGGCCGACUGAAUUUGACUACGAUAGACAACGUAAGAUAUGGAGGAUGGAUUGCGGCGGACUAUGACAGUGACCCUUGGCUUGAAGUUGACUUCAUCGCAAACAUCACUCUCACGUCAAUCUCAACCCAGGGUCUGGACGGUGCACAAUCGUGGGUUCGGAGUUACACAGUCGCUUCUGGAUUAAAUCGAGAAUCUUUGGAGGGAUAUCAGAUUGAGGAUCAGAUAAAGGUGUUUAAUGCAAGCAGUGGUCUCACAGUGAAGCAAGAUUUGUAUCCAUUUAUCAUUGCUCGGUACAUUCAAAUCAAACCAAAGAUGUGCACUGGAUCUUGUUCAUUGAGAGUGGAGUUUUACGGUCGUUAUGAAGACCCUCCAAGUUCCGUUCAUUUGGGAAUGCAAAGCGGUGCAAUUUUGGACAGUCAACUGACGGCUUCUAGUUUUGAAGCUUGGGAUCGCACCGCGGCAAAGGCUCGAUUGAAUGCGGCAAAAGCUUGGGUGAGACAUGGUACCGAUACUAAGCCUUGGGUGAAAGUAGAUUUUCUUGGUCGAAUAAAAUUAACCGGUAUUUUGACGCAAGGCAGAGGAGCAUACGACUGUUGGGUUGCAAGCUUUACAAUGUCAACGAGUAACGACGACGUGGACUAUCCAGUUUACAAGGAAUUUGGGCAAAUUAAGCUUUUUCAGGCAAACUAUGACGAGAAGUCUGUCGUUGAACAGCGUUUAACUCGUACAGUUGUAGCCCGUUUUGUUCGUCUGAAUACUAAGGCCUUGCACAAGACAUCUUCGAUGCGGAUUGAAUUCCAGGGCGAGUAUAUAGUAUCGAAUUGGUUUGAUCCUGUGCCCAUGGGAAUGCAAAGUAGAAUGAUCGUUGACUCGCAAAUCACAGCGUCUUCAUCAAAAUUUUUCCAAUCCGGAGCAUGGAAUGGCAGACUGAAUUUGACUACGGUAGACAACGUAAGAUAUGGAGGAUGGAUUGCGGCGGACUAUGACAGUGACCCUUGGCUUGAAGUUGACUUCAUCGCAAACAUCACUCUCACUUCAAUUUCGACCCAGGGUUUGGACGGUGGACAAUCGUGGGUUCAGAGUUACACAGUCGCUUCUGGAUUCCGUCGGGACUCUUUGGAGGAAUAUAAACAUAAAGAUGACAUAAAGAUGUUUAAUGCAAGCAGUGGUCUCACAGUGAAGCAAGAUCUGUAUCCAUUUAUCAUUGCUCGGUACAUUCAAAUUAAACCAAAGAUAUGCACUGGAUCUUGUUCAUUGAGAGUGGAGUUUUACGGUCGUUAUGAAGACCCUCCAAGCUCCGUACAUUUGGGAAUGCAAAGCGGUGCAAUUUUGGACAGUCAACUGACGUCUUCUAGUUUUGAAGAUUGGGAUCGCACCGCAGCAAAGGCUCGAUUGAAUGCGGCAAAAGCUUGGGUGAGACAUGGUACCGAUACUAAGCCUUGGGUGAAAGUAGAUUUUCUUGGUCGAAUAAAAUUAACCGGUAUUUUGACGCAAGGCAGGGGAGUAUACGGCUGUUGGGUUGCAAGCUUUACAAUGUCGACGAGUAACGACGAUGUGGACUAUCCCGCUUACACGGAAUUUGGGCAAAUUAAGUUGUUUCAGGCAAACUAUGAUGACAGGUCUGUCAUUGAACAACGUUUAACUCGUACAGUUGUAGCCCGUUUUGUUCGUCUGAAUACUAAGAGCUGGGAAAAGACAUCUUCGAUGCGGAUUGAAUUCCAGGGCGAGUAUAUAGAAAGGGAUUGGUUUGAUUCCGUGCCCUUGGGAAUGCAAAGUAGGAUGAUUGUUGACUCGCAAAUCACAGCGUCUUCAUCAAAAUUUUUCCAAUCCGGAGCAUGGAAUGGCAGACUGAAUUUGACUACGGUAGACAACGUAAGAUAUGGAGGAUGGAUUGCGGCGGACUAUGACAGUGACCCUUGGCUUGAAGUUGACUUCAUCGCAAACAUCACUCUCACUUCAAUCUCAACCCAAGGUCUGGAUGGUGGACAAUUGUGGGUUCGUAGUUACACAGUCACUUCUGGAUUCCGUCGGGACUCUUUGGAGGAAUAUAAACAUAAAGAUGAGAUAAAGAUGUUUAAUGCAAGCAGUGGUCUCACAGUGAAGCAAGAUUUGUAUCCAUUUAUCAUUGCUCGGUACAUUCAAAUUAAGCCAAAGAUGUGCGCUGGAUCAUGUUCAUUGAGAGUGGAGUUUUACGGUCGUUAUGAAGACCCUCCAAGUUCCAAACAUUUGGGAAUGGAAAGCGGUGAGAUUUUGGACAGUCAACUGACGUCUUCUAGUUUUGAAGAUUGGGAUCGCACCGCGGCAAAGGCUCGAUUGAAUGCCGCAAAAGCUUGGGUUAGACAUCGUACCGAUACUAAGCUUUGGGUGAAAGUAGAUUUUCUUGGUCGAAUAAAAUUAACCGGUAUUUUGACGCAAGGCAGAGGAAUAUACGGCCAUUGGGUUGCAAGCUAUACAAUGUCGACGAGUAACAACGAUGUGGACUAUCCAGUUUACAAGGAAUUUGGGCAAAUUAAGGUAGUUAUAAAUAUUAAAGCCGUGUUACACGAUGCAAUUUUUCGUGCAUCUUGUAAAGCAGUUUCAAGGAACUUCAUCUCAAACUUUUUCUCAGCUUUUUCAGGCAAACUAUGA